ACAACCAACUGAAGUGAAAAAAAAUUAUUGAGCAAUGAAGGUGGAAUCUCUUAAAUGUAACCACAAUUCACCAACAAAUCAAUUUACAAUCUUUUCACAAUUGUUGCUUGAGUUCAUGAACUAUACUACUUGACAGCCAGGCACCGUAAAUGGCAUCGGCUCUGUACAUUGCAUUGUCAGGCAUCUGUUUUUUUUUCCCCCUUUCUGUACAUUUUUGCCAAACCUUUUAGUUUUGGCACCCUAAGAAAGUGAUAUUACUAGGCUGUUACUGGCGGCGUUAGAAGCUAGUCUUUACGUGUACUUAGGAUGUUUUGUUAUAUUUUCAUAUUUCCAUUUUAUAGUCUUUUUUUUCUUUGAAUAAAAAUACAAAACUACUUCAAAAAUGUACUGUGGUGUUGUAAAAAUGUUGAAGCCACUGUAAGAUUAUGCACAGUUUGAGCAUUUCAGUGAUUCUCUCACAUAACCCGCUUUGUUACAGUUGCAGCGGUUGCAAAAGCGCCUUAUCAACAAAGAUGAGUUGAGUUUCACUCGGGAAGACGUCAGACAUAUCAUUGCUGCUUUUGAACUGCGAAAAAUGAGCAACCAAGGACGGAAGCCUCAAUAGUGAGGUCCACAGAAAACCUACCCACACAGAUCAGACCUAUUUUUUGACCUCCAUCUCCCUAACCCUAUGCCCUCAGAUCAAGCUGUUGCACCCCAAAGGCAAAAGCAACCUCAGUAAUGUUGUUAAUGCAGUUCAGUUAAGCGUAGUUUGGUGAGGAGUGCAGUGACUUCUUGAUUAGAGAAACCAACAAACCCCAACACGGAACACAGGAGGUCAGCCUCUACGGGUCCAGAGUCAGCAAUUCGUUUGCAACGCACCGACAAAGAAGGGACUGUCCUUGAGGACAACACUGUUUAAGUUGAAAUGUCUCUCACUACCAAGAGUCAGUUGCCGUGGUUUAACUUUGGCGGUCUUCUUUGGCUUGAAUUUGUUACAAAUUUGUUGUUUGCAGUUUUGGGCAUGAAACAAUUGUGGACCAGUGAUGUUUUCCUUAAUUCUGACAUGGGGGCGCUUUGAUGAUGCGUCAAGGAGCUUUUGACACAGGACAUCAUUGGGAUGUAAUGGCAUGACCCAAUCUUGCGGCACGCCACCCAGUUCCCUUGCUGCAUGUCAUUUGUGCCGCGACCCGGCAGGACUCCAAAGUGUCACGAAAUGGUCAAAAUUCAAGAUGAAUUGCGUGGAAGGUAGACUUACAAGCAAGUGCGUAGAAUGUGUGUACGAUGAACUGCGACAGACCCGAGGUCUCAGCGACGCACUUAUUAUAGUCGACCAUGUGGAGUUUCACGUCCAUAAGAUCAUCAUGUGCAACUGCAGCCCGUAUUUUGGAGCCCUCUUUCUACGUUGGUCCACUCCAGACCAGAAGGUCUAUGCCAUCCAAGGUCUUGCAGCUCACUUAAUGCAGCUCUUCAUUGAUUUCGCGUACACCGGUUGUGUGUUGGUGACAGAGGACAAUGUCAAGGACUUGUUGAUAGCCGCUGACAAAUUCAACGUCAUAGGCAUUGUCGAAAUCUGCUGCGCGUUUCUAACAGAACAGCUCUGCCCGGAGAACUGCAUCGGCAUCUGGCAGUUCACGAGGAACUGCCACACCCCUCAGCUGCAGAGCAAUGCCUACAAUUAUAUUUUAUACCAUUUUGAGGAGGUUGCUACCUCGGAUGAGCUGCGGCAACUCUCCAUGCAGGAUUUGAGUGACAUGCUCGACAGAGACGACCUGAUAGUGAAAAAGGAGAAUAUCGUUUAUGAGGCCAUCCUACACUGGAUUGCACAAGAGCCUUGGGAGCGGGGCAGAAACAUGCCGGUGCUCCUAGCCAAGGUCCGUCUUGCACUGACCAGUCAGGAGUACAUUACCAUCAACGUGCUGACAAACCAGCUGGUGCAGAACAGCCGUGAAUGCCAGGAGAUGGUCUCCUUUGCGUCACGCGUCAUUAGUCACAUGGCGAGAAACUCUGUGUCUGCAUACUGCAACUUGGUGGCCCGUCCUCGCCUGCCUUCCGCUAUCCUGCUGGCCAUUGGUGGCUGGAGCGGUCCAAGUGCCACCGAGUGCAUCGAGGUGUAUGAUGUCCACGCCAACUGUUGGGACUAUCUGUUUGACAAUAUGGACCAACCCCGAGCGUACUGUGGCGCCACCUUUCUCAAUGACGCCAUCUAUUGUCUGGGUGGCUUUGACGGCACGGAACACUACAAUACUGUCAGCCGCUUUGACCUGAAGACGCGCACCUGGCAGGAAGUGGCGCCUAUGCACUCUCGCCGGUGCUAUGUGAGCGUCACGGUGCUAAAUGGCUGCAUCUUUGCAUUAGGGGGCUAUGACGGACAUGUAAGACUGAGAACUGCGGAGUACUACACGCCAGAAACCAACCAGUGGACUCUUAUUACCAGUAUGCACGAACAGAGGAGCGAUGCCAGCUGCACCACUCUCAAUGACAAGAUUUACAUUUGCGGCGGCUUUAAUGGAAACGAGCCCCUGCAAACGGCUGAAUAUUACAGCCCAGAGACCAACGAGUGGACAGUGAUGGCCCCAAUGAGCAGCCGUCGCAGUGGCGUCGGGGUCAUUGGGUUUGCUGACCAUGUUUAUGCAGUUGGCGGUUACGAUGGUGAAGUCCGUCUGACCAGUGCCGAGGCCUACAACCCUCAAACUAACAACUGGAUCGUGUUGCCCCCCAUGCAAUGCCCCCGAAGCAACUUUGGCAUUGAAGUAGUGGAGGAUUGUCUCAUUGUUGCUGGGGGUUACAACGGCGUCUCCACCACCAGCCAUGUGGAGUACUAUGACCUCACCACUGGUCUGUGGUCUCCGGCCAGCGACAUGCGGAUUUCCCGUAGCGGUCUCACUUGUUGUGUGAUGACCGGACUCUACAACAUGACGCAAUGUGCUAUCAUUCGAAACGAUCUACCAUUGCUCUUCCUGGAAGAAGAUAUGGCAGAAAUGGAUGAUGAUAUCUAAAUUUGAAGUAUCAACUGCCCUCAGAACCCGACUGAAAACGUCAACGCAACCAAGAGGGAAAAAUGAAUAAAAGAUGAAAAAAGUCAUUACAACAAAAUAUGCUGAGUCAUACUUUAUUAUAUUUACACUGAUAUGUGAACAUUUGAGAGAAUUAUCUUAUUUAGGGAUCAAUAAAAUGUUUAUUUGGA